CAAUAACAUCUGUCGUUCACACUGUUUAUGCUACACAUACAUAUGUAUCCAUAACAAGACUUAACACAAUAUUUCGAGUACUUAACAACUCGGAGUUAGCAAGUGUCAAGUCAUUCCAUACCAUUUCAAAUGUUCAUAAGUUUGUUCGAAGUAUCAGUAAUUUCUAUCGAAUAUUGAGUAAUACGAAAUUCAGGCGCAAAUGUGUGUGUGUGUGUGUGUGUGUGUGUGUGCUAAAUUUGGCGCUUUACUUUACACCGUACGUGAGUGUGGAAUUUUUGACAGUUUACAUUUAAACGUAAGGGCGUUCGGUCUGCGCAGUAAAUACCGUGCAACUGUAUUGGCAUUCGCUUGAUGCGCGUAGAGAUUAUUUUUCCCUUUAUUUUGAGUAAAAUUUAAUUGAAAUUGAAAAUUCCAGUUAAUCAGUGAUUUUUUUGUGCAAAAAAACACAGAAUUUCCGUCAGUUGGUGUUUUUGCUUGAUGUGAAUAUUCAAGCAAUAAAUCACUUAAUUGCACACAGCAUAACAUACGAAAAAAAUAUUGAUGGGCGCUAUUUGUUUGGUUUUAUGGGAAAGAAAAUAAAACGACGAAAUUUUCUAUCAAAAUUUAUGAGAUUUUCCAUAAAACGUUUUGUGGAGCGCGUGAAAUGAUAUGUUUAAAAUAAACGAUAGUUACGAAACAGAGCCGUCAACUAGCAGUAGUUCACAAAGCGAUGCAUGUGUAUCUACGUUAAACGUUGAAUGGGAUUUUCAAAAAGGAACAGCUUUGAGAGAUUUCCUUUUUCCGCCUGAGGCAAAUAGUUUAUACACACCAGACAAAGAUUCGCAACGCAAACGGCUGAACGAAACUUUGUCAUCAAUGGUCAGUUCAAGUCAAGAAUCUGACUUUUACGGCUUCACUCCUACAUCAAUAACACACAAAAUUCUGCCAUGUGAAAGAGUUCCGGAAAAUCCAGAACAAAGCAACGAUGGAACUCACCACGGAGGUUCGUUGGUGAAACGAGCGAUUGGAUCCACCGAAUGUUGUGGUUCAGCGCAAACGAUCACAUCCGAAGAGUUUUCCGAUCAAGAUAUUCGAUGCCGAACCGAAAUGGACAGCGAAGAUGUGAAACGAAGAGUGAAUGUCCAAUAUGAUGAAAGUUUGUGCAAUGUAUCACGUUUUACAAUCGAACCCAAUUCUUCUGAUGAAGAGGAGCUGUCAAGCCGAGCGAGUGCUGCAAAAAUCAUUAAAACAUCAAGCAAUCCACACACACUUUCGGUGAAUGAAAACAGCAACAAUGCCGUGGAUAAUGCGAUAUCAAGCACAAGCUAUAUACCUGAGACUGAAUUGAAGGAUCUCUCCUUUAAUGGAAAACUGAAAUCCGAACCAACCAACGAAACGACCCGUUCGAUCAACGAAUUGGACAGGUCUGGUAAAGGGAAUAAAAAAGACUUGAACAUCUCGAAUGCUAGUGACAAAAGUGACUUGGAAUGGCAACUACAAAUGGAAACAAACCGCGAACACAUCAACGAACGCUCACCCGAUCUAUUCUCAGAUGAUGAUGACUUGGAAACUGAAACUGAUACCGACAAGAAUCAACAACAUUCCACUGUCGAUGUGAACGAUAGCUUUUCGUCGAUCAAAGAUGACGAAAAAGAAAAUGUUUCGGGUAAAUGUAUUGAACAGACGGAGAAAGCGAUCAGCAGGCGCAUACAGAGCUUGCUAUCCGGCAUUUUGCCUCCUCCAUCGGUGACAUACAUUCAACAUGAUAUCGGUAAUUUGCUAUCCAUGUACAAAAGAAAUAUAACGCUCAUGGAUUCCGACAAUUCCAACAAGAAGAACAUUGAACAGUCGGGCAUUUGUGAUGAAAUUCCAUUGCCAAUAAUUCCCAAAGUAUUAGAAAACAUGGAAUGGCCACAAAUAGAGAGAGUCAAUGCACAUGGGUUGCAUUACAAUCGUACCAAGUACACCGAAAACAUUGAAAUGAUGUACAUGAAAUUAGUCGAACGAAACGUUGGUCAAGAGACUGGAACUUCAUUUACUUACAAUAUUGCAACGAGUGCAAAGAAGAAACCAAUACGCAAAUUGAUGGCAUCUCCGGGGAAUCGUUUGAGCCAUUUGGCGAGAAGGCGAGCUAUUUUCUCAUCAGCCAAUUUACAGUCUCAGUCACAACUUUCAAAUUUGUCGAAAUUAGGACGAAAAACAUGUGUCAUUGAUACUUCAAAAUUGAGCCGUAAAGAAAAAGUGUCUACUCCAAAGCGGCGAGGGUUAGCAAAUCGACGAACGCCAGGUCGUAAAACACCAGGAUCACUCAAGAAGAGUGCCAAAAAACUGGUGCCAGUUGUGCCAAAAUUUGCUACAGCUACACGUGAAACGUCAAAACGUGCCUUAUUUCUGAGUCCAACGCAGGAAGAGGCAAAAAAUCCAGCACCAUCGUCAAUGUCAUCGGAUAUUUCACGGCGUGAAAAAUCGAAACGAGCACUUUUCUCACCGCAGCGUCGCUUAGAGCGAUCAAUUUCAAAUAUAUCGAAUGCUAGCAGUGCGAGUGGUUCCACCUCAUUCAGUAGUUCAAAUAAGAAAAAUCAUUGUGAACGAAUCAAUUACUUCAACCGUACGAGCAGUGAUGUUUCAAUAAGUUAUAAGCGAAGACUAGAGCAAGACGACGAUGAAAAUAUGGAACCGCAUCGUAGCAAAUUUCAGCGCACUGAACAUCAUAGUAGCACAUUGCAUAAAGCGGCAUCCGAGAAUUCGAUGUACCAAAGCCAACAGCUAUCAGCUAGCCACAAACAGAAAUUAUUAUGGGCCGUAUCGACGGCGCUCAAGAAGAAGGCAAUAACCUCAACACAUACCAACUUUCAUUCAUACGCAUCCAAUUUGGGAAAGGUGGUGAAACGGCUGUAUUUGGAAGCAUUGCCAACAAAAACUGAAAGUACCAGUGGAACAAUGUUGCGGCUUGCAGAUCGUUUGGUGUUUUGGGUGCUUCAAGGGAAGACGGUUGAUGAAAUCUAUUUGGAAGAGAAGACACGAAACAGCACAAAACCGAAUGUAGUCAAACGCUUAAGCGGGUAUAUCAAUCGCGAUGAAUAUUUAAUGCGAAUGGAAACGGCGACCAAAUUGAAUUCAAGUGCUCAAUCGAUAACGAAUGACCAUUUAGCGGCUUGCAAUGAAAAUGACAAUGGUCGCAAACCAUUGACAAAUAGUUCUUCAAAGAGUAAUAUGGGCACAAGUGCGUUGCGUGAGAAUCACGAUUCAAAAUCGGCACAAAAAUCAUUAUCCAAUGUGAGUUUCUCAGGUCGCAACCAGAAAAAUUUAAGCCCCUACAAUGAUAAGUCGCGAUCGGUUACCAAUUUGAAUAAGCCCAAUAAAUUGAUGUCCGGCCCAAAUUCGAAUAUCUUAAAAGUGAAACGACAAAUAUCCUUUGAUAACUGAAAACAAAUACACACGUUCAACGGAACCUAACUCAUUUAAGCCUAUUGUAAUAUUUAAACGCAACUGUUUUAGUCAUUUAUAAUAGAAUAAAAAAAAACUUAUGACAUCCAGGUCAUUUUAAGCAACAGUUUUAAACAAACGUUGCAUCUGUUUCUGCAA